UCUAAUUUUUUUGAACAUAUCUUGAACCAAAGGAUUGCCUCGGUGAGGAAAAACGGGGUCUCCAUCCAAUCUUCUAUAACUGAAAGUCCGAAACCCUAGCCUAAGUCUGCCUUCUGUAUAACAAACAAAUAAAUCCUUUCUUCUCUGUGUUCAUAUUGUUGAUGAUGGAGUCGGCGGAAACAGGAGAAUGCCUGUGGAUGGUGACAGACGCCUACAUCUUUGGCAUCCGCGUUGACAAGUUAGAAAAAUUGGGGAAGAAUGAGGAUAGGGAUUGGAAAUCCCAUCUUGAGAAGGCUCCCAUUGAUUUCCGUUUGAAUCUUCCAGAGUCCAGCCCGUUGCCUCACUACUUUAUCUUCGACUCGAAACUUUUCUUAGUCGGUAAUGAAACCGAUUCUGGCACCAAGAUCUACCAAAUCUCCUAUGUCGGCGGCGACACGUUGGGCACAUCUGAGGCAGUAGCGACGGGCGCAAUCCCUCCGCUACCGAUCGGCUUCUUCACUUUCCUUGCAAACAUUAAAGAUGACGUUUACUUGUUGGAGCAUGGUCCGGAACCAGGGUUAGCAAGAAAGACGGGGUUAUGGGUUUUAAGUCCCCGUCUCCGUCCCCCGAACUGGCAUUCCAUGCCUGCUCCUCCAACCGAAGUCGAGUCUCAUAAUGAUUUGCCUCAUGGUUUCGUGCUGAAUGACAAGCUCCUCCUGCAUCCUUGGACCAGGAGUUGCCUUUGUCUACUACCCCGAACCUAAAAAAUGGAUUAAACUGGAGCGCGCACUUUCUCUUCCUUAUUAUCAUGUUUUCUUGGGUGUGUCGUCCCUUGGGGAUGUAGACGAUCGCAGUGUGGUGCUGACAUGGAACCUGGAGGCUCUUUACCGACAUGGUGUGAAAUAUCACAUACACGCUUUGCUGGUGGAUAAUAAAGAUUAUUGCAUUCUUCGCCAUCAAUGCCUUGAUGAGUUGUAUGAGGCUAUCCAACCAUCCUACUUUGAUGAUGGGUGCUCAGAUCUCAACUUGGUUGACCUUGGCAACAGCAAAGUAUGCGUUAUCAUCGGUGGUAUCGCAGAAGGCAUUCCAUCCCUUUGCAUUUUAGUAGUUGAAUUAGGGUUUGUACAAGAGGAGGAGCAGCAAAGAUUCUUAUCUGUGCGUCUACUCGUGAAUCGAGUCUUCGAUAUGAGGCCUUAUUUCUUAGAGGACCGCGGUAUUCAAGUGCUCUGCACCUCCUUUCUUUUCUCGCUCAGCAACGGAACGUCGGACAUAGACAGGGAUUCCGUGAAGGAUCAUAUAGGUGAGAAAGUUCCCACCCUGACUUCGGCAUCUCUGGAGGCCUUUUCCGGGAAGAGGUCGUCCCGGAAGGACGACCCUUCGACAGAAGGUGAUAAAGAUAAUGUGGUCAAGGUUGCUCAAUCUAAGGAGAUUAGUUUAAAGAGAACAAAGCUAGAGUCAGGUGUUGUAGGUCUUGAUAAGUAUCUGGAGGUUUCUCAAUUGAAGGAUAAGGCUAGAGAAUUGGGUAUGAAGGACAUGACCGAGGCUUUGAAGGCGAAGGAAAAAGAGUCAGAGGAAAUGGUAAAACAGAUAACUACUUUGCAGUCUCAAUUGAAGGGACGCGAUGAGAAGAUUGAGGCAUUAACUCUAAAGGUGGGUGAGAUGUUUCGGAAAGGGUUUGAUCGUGCUAUAAGUCAAAUUAAGGCUCUUGCGCCGGAGGUUAACGUGGUUGAUAUGGAUGUAUCCAAGAUUGUGGUAAAUGGAGUAUUAGUGGAUGCUAACAUCCCGGAGGAAGGUUGUGAUGUCAAAGAGAAUGAAUGAAUGAUAUCAAAGUGGGUGCCUCCCUGACUAGUAAAAAGGAAAAAAUUCUUACAUUAGAUUCCCAUUUAAAUGCUGCUUCUGUUGAACUAGAACAAUUAAAGAAAAAAAAGGAAGCUAUCCUAAAAGAACUUGUUGAAAUCGAACAGAAUGAAAAUCUCCUUCAAGGUCCUUUUCAAAGACUUAAACACAGGAAACAACUGCUUGACAAAGAAGUUCUUCUAUCUUUGUCAAAAGAAAAAAUUAAUCUUGAAGCUUGAACCAAACAACUUCAUGCUGUAGAGUUGAAACAAUUACAAAAGCUCCAAACACUUGCGCAGGAGCGAUCACAGCUGAAGGAACAACUGGACCAACUUUUGCAGCCUUAUGAAAAUUGAAGGCUUGGUAUACCAAGUGAUUAUAUCACUGAACAUCUCCUUUCUUGUUAUCACCCGUCUUUAUAUUUUCAGAACUGAGUAUUUUGCACUAUGAAAUGAUUCAAAUAUUUACCGUUAACAAGGGAGAGGAGUCCUUCAGAGAA